AUGGCCGACCAAGGAGCACCAGCUGCCUCGACAGCACCCGCAGACUCGCCCGCACCGGACUACGAGGCCCUGACCAACACGCUGCGGCCCCUCACCGACUGCUUCCUCACGGUCCGCAUCAUCAAGUCGUUCACGUACCGCACCACCAAGAACCUCCUCUUGCCCCACGUCGACUGCACCACCACCACCGUCGGCCAACUCAAGGACCUGUGCCGCGAGCAGGUCAAGACGGCCGCCGGGUUCAGGCCUUUCCGCACCGUCGAGCUCGACACGCUCAAGCUCUACACGACCGCGCACGGCCACAAGACGACCAACCUCAUCAUCAACCUCGAGUCGGACGACGACAUCCUCCUCGACGACUCGGCGACGCUCGCCUCGGUCGGCAUCGAGCACGAGGGCGAGAUCAGCUUCUUCAACGGCAAGCUGUACGAGGAGUUCAAGAACGACCCGGAGCAGAAGUGGUGA